UUUUUUCAUUAUUCCGCAUUUUUGUGUCUUUCAGUAACGCGAUAGUUACGUGUGUACCUACGGUUCUAUGAAUCCUGGAUGAGCAUGGUUUCCACUGCUGCGCAGGCUCUGCAGCAGUUCACCACAGCGGAUCUCCUGUCUCAGUUACAGGGCAAGAUCUGGCAUCCCGACCCUCGUUGCCUACAGCUAUGGGUCUGGCCGCUGCAGGGCCCAACCCGCUGCUGACGGAGUGCUCAGACGAUGUCUGCAAUACCAUACUGAACGCCAGGGCGCCUUCUACCCGGGCGCAGUAUGAGAAUAGGUGGCAGCUAUUUACGGCAUGGUGUUCAGACGGGGCUGAGGACCCUGUGCAUUGUUCAGUUCCAACGAUUUUGGAGUUCCUCCAGUCGCUCCUGGAUGGCGGCCGGGCCCCAGCUACUCUGAGGGUAUACGUGGCAGCCAUCUCCUCAAGACAUGCUCGGGUGGAUAAUGACACAGUGGGGGGCCACAGAUUGGUGUCCCUUUUUCUGAAGGGGGUGUUGCAGUUACGACCCCCACGAGCACAGCGUGCCCCAGCAUGGGAUCUGCACCUGGUGCUCGAUGCUUUAUGCUUGCCUCCUUUUGAACCCCUGGCUCAGGCGGAGCUGAAGUGGGUCUCCACUAAAACUGCCUUUCUCCUCGCCAUCGCGUCAGCGAAGCGCGUCGGGGAGCUUCAUGCUCUGUCCGUGAGUGACUCAUGUCUGAGGUGGAAGUCGGAUGGCUCAGGGGUUACCCUGUGGCCGAAUCCAGCUUUCCUCCCGAAGGUUCUGUCAUCGUCGAACCUCAACCGACCUGUCCGCCUGGCACAAUUUAUCGCCUCGGAAGGGGAGGACAGGUUCAAACUGCUGUGUCCUGUGCGAGCUCUGAGAGCGUACGUAGCUGCGACCGCAGGCAUUAGACGGUCGGACCAGCUCUUCCUCUGCUAUGGUGGUCCUAGGAGGGGCUGUGCUCUCUCCAAACAGCGAUUGUCUCAUUGGGUUGUGGACGUCAUCACCCAUGCAUAUAAAGGAGGUGGUCACCCCCUGCCAUCCGGGGUCAGGUGCCACUCUACCAGGGCUGUCUCAACGUCAUGGGCUGCCCUGCGGGGCGUGCCCCUGGAAGACAUCUGUGAUGCAGCAUCAUGGACAUCACCAUGUACCUUUUCCAGGUUCUACCGGGUGAACGUUGCCACUCCCCAUCCGUUGGCCGUGGUCCUGUCGCCCGACUCUGCUGUUCCCUCUCAAUGAGGUAGGUGUUGGAGUUCCUCGUGACCUCUGGCGGUCAGUAAGGAUGAAAUCGAACGAUAGUUACGUAUGUAACUACGGUUCUAUGAAUCCUGGCUGACCGCCAGAGCGCUCUGUCACUCAGAAUCCUUGUGUACUCGCGAGAAGCUUCUGCAGGAACGGAUCCUCUGUCACCGGAAGAUAUAGGCUGUCCAGAGCUCAUCAGGGGUCACAGGUGACUUUGUUUAUAUUAGGUACUCGAACUGUGCAUGCGCGAGACGGAUAAAUCCAGUGCUUGAAGCACGGUCAGUAAGGAUGAAAUAGAACCGACUCAUCGUGCUCCCAUUCACCAUAUAAGUGUUAAAAGGUUGUAUCAGCGAUGUAUCAAGUGAAAAACCCCACAACACCCACCCAUUGUCGGUGAUUGGUUGGAAUACUAUUUAUUUUGGUUUUUAGUGGUUUGUAGUACCAUGCUUAUGGGGCGGACAGCUAGCGGAUCGUGAGGAAAGGUCAGAUUAAUGUGAUCAUUUAUGUUUCGGCCUAGAAUCGUCGAAACAACCUUUAAUAUUCAAUAUUACAAACAUAAGUCGUUUCAUUAAGGUAAUUUAGUUUACUCAUUAAGGUAGAAUUUGUUGGUGUUUCUUCCUGUUUUUGGAUUAAUGCUUAAAUCCUCCCUAAAUUGUAUCCGUCAGGUUAUUAUUGGUGGUCCAAUGCAGUAAAAUGCUAUUCAACGUGUUUUCAAAUCUUACAUAGUGGGUGUAGUCGCAAAGAAGUAUGUCAGUGUUCUGUCUGUUGAUUGGUUAAACACACCCACGUGUCAGCAUUGUGUUUGCAUUUUGAUUGGUUCGUUGUGAAAAUGGGCGGGCGUGAGAUUCAGCCUACGUAUAAGUACGUUUCCAGUUCGAGCUCUUUCUCUUUCAUAGGACAUGUGUGUUUUACCUGAGAAGUAGAAUGGAAAAGCUUGAAUGUUCCUAUGUUAAAGAAAUGAAAACUAGAGAAGACCACUGUCUGCAGUGUCCUCUCCACGAAACCGAACGACGAAGGGACCUGAACGGCAGAGGAAAUGGAACUUGACCAAAUGUGAGGCCUGGGUCUUUGGAAGAUGCUGGCCUUAAUGGAAACCGAUCCCUUAACAGUCAUUCUAGGUGACUGAGAACCAGGAUUGCCGAAACGUUGGCAUGGUCGUCUGCAGCGCUUGCCAACACUUGGUGAUGCUUUGCUAGAGCCAGAGCUUUGAAGCGAAGCGUGACGGGUACACCCUCCAUGUAGCUUGCUUGACAUGGCUCUGUGACGGUUAUCCUGGGAUAACGUGACCUGCUGUUGAUGUUGCUGCAGGAGCCCUUGUUGAAUUCUUGAGUGCAACUUUCGCCCAGCCAAUGGCAUCCCUGUUUCCAAUAGGUUGAGGCUUUUGUUCAGUUUUUUUUUUUUACAGAAUAUUAAUUGAACAUUUAAUUGUGUCUCUUUGUAACAUUUAUGUACCGCUCUCAAAUGGUAACUGUUGAUCGAGUUUGCAACUUGUACAAAAUAAACUUGAUGUUGCCUAAAU